UAACAAAGCCCUCCACCCUACUAUUCACCUCAGAAGACUUCAAAUCUAAAGAUGAGCGCUGCUAUGUAGUUUUUAAAUCACUUUAAAGUCGGUUUAACGAGUCAAAAAGCUCCGUUUCGCUGUUUUUCGUACUGUUUCUGCGGUGAGACGUUCACGAACACUCAGAUGUUUCAGUAACGCUGCGUUAGCUGCUGCUGCUGGUGGCUGCCUACUUCCUGAUUUCCCCGCAACAGAUGAAAACGACUGAUUGACUGGAGCCAAAACACAGCAGCAUCGACGGCUCAUUUUGUGUGUGUGCGUGUGUCCUGGUUAUCACAAGAAGAGCUCCGGGUUUUAACUUCACCUCCUGUUUUUUGAGGAGUGUCCCAGCCGCUCCGCUUCGUCGCCGUGAUGGUGGAGACUCCAGCCGGCUGUCUGUUUGAAGACAUCCAGUAUGAAGACAUCCAAGUCGAAGCGGCGGUCGGCAGAGGGACGUUCGGCGUCGUCUUUAAGGCCAUCUGGAAAGGAAAGGAUGUAGCCAUCAAAACCAUCGAGAGCGAGAAUGAGAGGAACGCUUUCCUCGUCGAGCUCCGGCAGCUCUCUCGGGUGAAUCACCCGAACAUCGUGAAGCUGUACGGCUCCUGUGACAAUCCAGUCUGUCUGGUCAUGGAGUACGCAGAGUGUGGCUCCUUGUAUAACCUCCUGCACAGCGCAGACCCCCAGGCUCACUACACGGCGGCGCACGCCAUGAGCUGGUGUCUGCAGUGUGCACAGGGAGUCGCAUAUCUGCACGCCAUGAAGCCCAAAGCCCUAAUCCACCGAGACCUCAAACCGCCAAAUCUGCUGCUGGUGGCUCGUGGGACCGUGCUGAAGAUCUGUGACUUUGGAACAGCGUGUGACAUUCAGACGUACAUGACCAAUAACAAAGGAAGUGCCGCCUGGAUGGCUCCGGAGGUGUUCGAAGGCAGUAACUACAGUGAGAAGUGUGACGUGUUCAGUUGGGGAAUCAUCCUGUGGGAGGUCAUCACACGCAAGAAGCCCUUUGACGAGAUCGGCGGCUCGGCGUUCUGUAUCAUGUGGGCCGUGCACAGAGGUACGCGUCCUCCUCUCAUCAAAGACCUCCCUGAGCCCAUCGAGAGUCUGAUGACCCGCUGCUGGGACAAAGAACCGAGUCAGAGACCGUCCAUGGAGGAGGUGAAGAACACCAUGAGCAACCUCAUGAAGUACUUCCCGGGCUCUGAUGAACCUCUCAAGCUCUCUCAUCAGUCGUCAGACGACAGGAGCAGCUCGUCAUCGGCCACCAGCACAGGCUCGUACGCUGACUACACCUUCAACAGUAACCGGAGCGACGACAACUCAGAGCACAGAAACUCAACGGGACGAGAGGAAACGCUCAAGAGUUUCGAGGCCAAAUUUCCACUUCAGUUCAAACCUUCAAAGACAGCCACUCUGCGUACCGGUCUGUCCAGAGUCUCAAGUGUAGAGAGCCAACCAGGACGCUCCCAGAGCCCCACACACUGCACCAGCCCUGUGACCACCAGCGGCCAAUCAGAGCUGAGGAUGACCUUCAGCCCCCCAGCCACAAACGGUUUGGACAGCUCCAUUCCCCUGGCCUACCUGAAACUGGAUCAUCAGUUACAGCCUCUGGCUCCGUGUCCGAACUCCAAAGAGUCGAUGGCCGUGUUCGAGCAGCACAUCAGGAUGGCUCAGGAGUACCUCAAGGUCCAGUCCGAGAUCUCUCAGCUUGUUCGGAGGAAACAGGAGCUGAUGUCCGAGCUGGAGCAGGACCAGAGGGAGCAGCAGACCUCAUCCAGACUCAUCCAGGAGCACAGCAAGCUGCUGGAGGACAACAGCAGCCUGUCAACCCAAGCUCAGGGCUUAAAGAGCAAGCUGAGCAUGAUCAAGAGUAAGAACCAGCACCACAGCUAGGACAGGUGGUCCACGUUUCCUCUUCCGUUUUUUUUUUUUUUUUAAACUUCUGAAGGAUGAGAGGAUUCACUCCAUGAACUGACUGUAAAGGGAGGACAACCCAGAAAUCAUGAGGAAACAGAACUAAGAAGAAAGUGUCAAGAAAACAUUAGAAUCACAGCGUUUUGUCUUCAAUUAGAGGCUUAAGAGUUACAAUGGCAUUUCAAUUUUCCACAUUUGUGUAAUGAAAUAUAAACUUAGUGAUGAUAAGGCAGCUUGAAAAAAAAAAAAACCCAAGGCCUCUCAUUAGCCGUUUUCACAUAUACACUCCUGAACAUAUCUAGGUAAUUGCAGGAGGACUGCUCCGGAGAUUCUCCUGAUCUGGCUGUUCACAUAUACUCACAGCGGGAGACUAUCCCUGUCAGAGGGAAGUAUCAGAGUCCGCUAUACAAUGAUAUAAUGAGAAUAUUUGUCUUAUAUCACUGCUAUGUAUAGUUCAACAGAAUCACAAUCUGAACUAAAGAGUGGAGAAGAACAUACUGGAGAACAGAAAACAUAAUGCAGCAGGUUCAUUAGAGCACAGAGAUCGUAGCGGUCGCAUGCAGACACUUUAUGCACCGUGCAGCAGUAACAGAAUAGAAACGUCACUGCCCCUCCUAUUGGCUCGAGGUAAAUUCUCCUGAUUAUAUCCUGCUGCGUUCACACAUGCAGCUCCUCCGGGAAAUAGCUGGAGAUUUUCAGGAGUUUUCUGCCAGUAUGAAAGCCCUAACUAACAGGAACAAAUAGAUUUGGAUAAUUGCUUCAAGUAAACUUUCUCCAUCACAACUACUAAACGUUGUUGUUUUUGUCACUGUCAGUCUCUCGUCAGCUGUCUGAUCUAAUAACACCAAAAAGGCCCAAAACAUAACUCUAAAAAAAAAAAGAAAACCAGUAUUAUAACUUGACUUUUGAAUACAUUUGACCUCCUUUGGUUGUCUCCAGGUAAAUGAAAGUAUUGGGAUGUGACAAACCACAUCCUCCCUGCUCCUCGCUAAAAGGAUGAUGUGGUUCCUUUUAAACGGUCUAAUCUUUCCUGAUGGUGUCGCUGUGGUGAGACCAAAGACAUUCACUCGGAUUGUGACCCUGAAAUGGACGGGAACGGUAUAUUUCCUUGUGGCCUUCUAAUAUCUAUUUUUACCAUGUAGUCUUUGUUGAGAUGUUGAGCUGUAUCUACAAGUGUCCUUUGUAAAUUCACAUGUUUAUAUAUCCAGUGAAUCGCGCCUGUUUGAUUGUGUUUGAUGAAAAGAGGGAAGGCGUCUUUUUAGCCCAUUAAGACUGUGAACACGAGACAAACCAAAGGGAGUGUGCUGCAGAAGACAGAACAGAUGUGUGCAGAGGUGUGUGUUUUUUUUUUAAAUUAGCCUUGCAGAUGUUUUGUUUUUAAAUGUUCAUUUAUUCACUUUUUUCCCCCACAGUUAUAUCUCACAGGAUUGUAUUCACAUUACUUUGCACUGCACUUGUUCUGUUUCAUCACAUCUGCAUGUUUUGUAUUCACACUUGAGUUUUCUGUGGAUUUCUUUACUUUAACAUGUUAGUUCAGGCGUCGCCUUCUUGUACAGAUCUUUUUUUUUUUUUUAAUCUCAGUUUAUUGUAUGAAAACUUUCGAUUGAAGCCCUGUGAUUCCUGCAACAUUUUUCGUGUCAUUUUAAAUGUACAGACUGCAGUUAAGUGCUUUUAGAAAAAAAAGUAAAGAAACUAUUUUAUAGCA